AUGGACGCCCUCCUUGUGAUUGACUUGGAGUCGGACGAUGAGGCGUUUGCGGAAGACAGUUAUUACGACGGUUACGACGACUGCCUGGGCGGCUCGGACAGCUGCGACUUGAGCAGCGGCAGCGGCGGCGGCGGCGGAGAUGACGACGGCCUCACUGCUGCCGACGACAACGCCAGCGGCAGCGCUAGUGGCGGCAGCGAGCUGUCGGAAGAGCAGCGAGCUCAAAUCGUGGCUAACAAGAAUGCGGCGUUGGACCGUCGGGAUGGGCUCCACCCCACCGGAGCCGCCGUGCGUUGGGCGGAUUCGCACCGCCCGCCCGGAGUCGUCGAAAUUGACUACAUCACUUGCGACUGGAAGAUGAGCGGUGCGCGAUGGCUCCCGAUGAAGGAUGAGGAGGAGGUGCGCGCACUCUGGCGCGAGUACGUGGCGCGCGCGUACGAGGCCGACGUCUUUUCCGACGGCGACGCCACGCGCAAACCGAAAUAUCGCCGCAAGCGGCCGGCGGCCGGCGCGGCGGCUGCUGCGAGCGGGAGUGGCGGCGGCAGCGGCGCGAGCGGCGCCGGCAGCGGCGGCGCGGGCGGCGAGGACCCGCCGCCGCCGCUGCCCGGCCGCCGCGUCCGCGUAUGGUGGCCGGCUGAGAAGCGCUGGUUCCGCGGGCUCGUGCUCAGCAGCAGCGCCGCCGAGGGCCACACCAUCAAGUACGAGGACGGAGAGGUGCUACGCCACCUGAUGGAGAGGGAGGGCUGGCGGUGGGACUACGUCGAGACGUCGGGCCGCGUGGCGCGGGCGGCGGGCAGGUCGUCCGACGCGGCGAGCAGCAGCGGCGGCGAGGGCGGCGGCGGCGGCGGCGGUGGCUUCAGGCGCCCCGCCCCGCUGGCGGUGCAGUUCCCGUGGGAGCUCUCCGGCAGCGCCGAGCCGUCGCCUGUGGAGCCGCGGCCGCCAAAGCCGCCGAAGCCGCCAAAGGAGUGGACGCCGUCCCCAUCGUGCGAGGCGUGCGCCGGCAAGCACCGGCCGCACACGUGCGGCAAGGUGAAACGGCGGUGA